AUGAAAAUUAUGAGAAGAACAACUUCUCAAUUUGGUCAUCAUGUUAUUCAAAAGGGUCGUAUUAUAUCAAAACCUAUUAUUCAACCAAGACCUAUUGAUCAAGUUCAAAUGUCUGAAUCACAAUCAAAUAAUAAAAAUCAACAUAAGCCAAAAUAUUUUACUAAUGGUGAUAUUCUUUUUCCGAGUGAUGAAAUUCAAUUUUUUCGUUCGAAACGAUUGAAACGAAAAAUAAUUGAUGAAACAAAUAUUUUUGGUCUUAGUAAUCGAUGGCCACAUGGAAUAGUACCAUAUGAAUUUAUUUCAGGAAUUGAUUAUCGUGUGCAACAAAAUGUAUUGAAUGCUAUUCAACAUUGGCAUGAACGUACAUGUAUUCGUUUUGAACCUUAUAAUCCAUCACGUCAUUGGAAUAUAGGUGCAAAAAUUAUCAUUGAAGAUACUGGAACAGGAUGUGCAACAUUUGUUGGUUAUCGACCAUCUUCAAAUGGUUUUCUUUCAUCUUAUUCUCUUUAUUUACCUUUACAUUGUCCACUUGGUUCAGCUAUUCAUGAAUUAGGACAUGUUAUUGGUUUUUAUCAUGAAAUGGCUCGUGCGGAUCGUGAUCAAGAAAUAGAUAUACAUUUUCAUUUAAUGUCAACAAAUGAAGCAACACAAUAUGUUAUAAUGACACGUUCAAUACAUGAUUAUUAUAGUCAACCUUAUGAUCUUGGUUCUAUAAUGCAUUAUUAUCCUACAGAUCUUAUGGUAGCUCGUGAUAGUCGACGUACUUUUCUUAUGGGUCAACGUGUAGCUUUAUCAUAUCUUGAUAGUAAAUUAGCAAAUUUAGGUUAUUAUUGUGGUGAUGUUUGUAAUCCAAAGCCAAUAUGUGAAAAUGAAGGUUAUGUUAAUCAAUAUUGUAAAUGUACAUGUCCAGAUGGUUUUUAUGGUGAUCAAUGUAAUUUAUUACAAGGAUAUUUAGCAACACCUUGGCAUGUUUCAGAAAACAAUUUACAUUUUAAUUCCAUAGAAAAAGAAAAACCUCAAACAAUGCCAAUAUCAUUGUUAAAAACAUUAGCAAGUGACACUUCAACAAAUAAUGGUGUUCGAUGGCUUGAAUGGAGUGAUUGGUCUAAUUGUAGUGAAUCUUGUGGUAGUAGUGUUCGUGUUCGUACACGUCUAUGUUCGAAUACAGUUAUAGAUGGUAAUUCAGAACCAUGUUCAUCAUUAAGAGGUAAUUCAUUCGAAAUUGAAUCAUGUCGACAUCCAGGAUGCAAACAAGCUGAUAUUAUAAUGAGUUGUACAUUUGAUCUUGCUGAUGAAUUAUGUCCAAUAAAAAUUCAUAAUAAUUGGCAAAUACAAGAUGGAAUGCAAGCAGAUCAAACUCGACCUAUUUAUGAUCAUACAAUUGGAGAUGGAAAAUAUCUUGUUAUUAUUGGAACUACAGAUCAAUUUAAUGAUUCACAAAAAUUUCAAUUAGGUCCAUUUACUCAUUCGAAAUCAUC